GGAAUUUCUGUCUUUGCUCACGGUGCAAACCACCAUUGUUGCUUCGACACCACCACAUCACGACAUCGCCGCCCACGCUUGCUCCCUUGGCCGGCCGCGAUCGUCCACCGUCCUGCUUCUCUCCUAGGCGCCCCGAUAUCUACGGAAUGCGAAUGCGAUGAGCUCAACUCCCCGCAUGCGGUCUGGGUUUCCAGCAACCCCAGCUACCGCUACUCGACGAUACAACCAACAACAACAGACCCCCUCCUCAGUCGGCUCAACCUCUUCUGCUAAGAGCUCUGGUGCCAGGUCACCGACCCUGCCCCUGGCUCCCGAGAAUACUCCCUCGCAGAAUCCCGCCAACCAACCCGUCAUCCCUUUGACCGUCCUGGAUGCUCCCCAGCAGCGCCUGUACGCCUUUGGCAUCUACGUCUUGCUCUGGGCAUGGAAGCUCUACGACUGGCUCCAGGUGAUUGAGGAUGGAGAGACGUCAUGGUGGCUGUUCUUGAAGUGGAUCUUCAUUGACUUUGCCUUCCUCUUUGGCAUUCCCGAAUUGAGGAUACCAUGGCUUGAGCUAUCACAGCCCGUUGUCACCACCUUCUUCUCCGUCCACCUCGUCAUCAACUACAUGUUGAUGUUUAAUAUCCCCAUCCCAUGGCAAUCAUGGAUCCUCGGCUUCGCCAAGGUCCUGUACGAUCGUGAACUUUCCGUCUCGGAGCACAACGUCAAGGUGUCCAACAUUCUCAACAACCAUUCUCUCAUCAUGGGAAAGCAAAUCAUCAACAUUCUUCCCGAGGGCUCCGCUAUUCUCAACCCCGAACAUCACCCCUUCUGCUUGAGCGGAAAGAGCAAGACCGGCAUCUCUCUGCCCAUCUACUUCAACGCCAGCAUCCCCGCCGAGAUUGAACUCAUUCGAAUCGACCUCGAAACGAACAAGGAAGAGACAAUCAAGGUCCCCAACCGGGAAGUGAACAAGGUUGCGAAGCAAAUCCGGGACCAUACGUCCGAUCAACCCACAGCUGGCUUUCAGUGGGAAUACUCAGUUAAGAAGCCGGGUGUCUACAGGCUAGGAAAGGUUUUGGAUGAGUACAAACUCGAGGUCCAGCGAACCACCAAGGACACCUAUGUUGUUCCUUGUCCCGAGGCUAGGAUUAAGGCGACUCCUGACCCGCGGCGAUGCAUUCACGACCUCUCGGAUCUAUCCCUCGAGGUGGUGGGAACACCGCCCCUGAAAAUCGAAUACAGCCGUACCAUCAACGACAAGGACCACAGCUUCCACUUCCAGAGUCUCCAGCCCGAUGGCUUCUCAUCGCCUCUCCUAGGCGCUUCUUCAAACCUCAUCAUGGAAGAUGAAAAUGAUAUUUCGUGGGUCCGACCAGCAAAGGUUACCGUUGGCCUAAACGAAUCGAUGACCUCGUCGGGAGUUUGGCAGUACUCUAUCGAUAAAGUCCACGAUGCGUUUGGAAAUGUUGUCGAGUAUGCUCCAUCCGAGGAUGAUCUUGACAAGCCUAGACCCAAAGGCUUGACUCACAAAUUCACUGUCAAGGAGCGACCCAAGAUCCGUAUGCAUGGCUGUGACCUUCGAAACCCGCUUAAGGUCGCCAAGGGUCGUUCCGCUAGGCUUCCUGUUCGUUUUGCCAUUGAUACCUCCCACGACAUCACAUGGGAGUUUUCGCCCAUCGAUUCUCUUACUAACAGCGGAGAUCAUGGCGACAAGGUCUCCGUUGCUAAGUUUUCUGCCAAAAGCUCGGACGACAGGCCAUCAGUUUCUGAGCCUGGUCUCUAUACAUUGAAGUCAGUGUCUAGCGACUCUUGCCGGGGAGAGGUUAAUGAGCCAUCUUCUUGUCUCCUCCUGAACCCACUUGAGCCUCACCUCUCUGUCCGGUCAGAUGACAUUCCUGAUAAGUGUGCUGGCAACUCCGUUGGUCUGCGUGUUGACUUGGACCUCGUUGGAUCGCCCCCAUUCGUUGUCCAUUACAACGUCAUCUCGGAGGACCUUGUGGAAAGGAAGACGCACAAGGUCCCUGGUCUCCGAUCUCAAUUGGACCUGGUGCCUACGGUUGCUGGUCACUACAAGUAUGUCUUUAAGUCUAUUGACGAUGCUAUCUACACUGGUCUACCUCUCACAGGCGAAGACAAGGUGCUAGAGCAGAUCGUCAAGCCUGCCGCAUCGGCAUCUAUCGUUUCUCCGACCAAGACCAUCGGUGCCUGUCUGGAUUCCGAGGUGGAAUUGAACGUCAUUCUCUAUGGCGAUGCCCCAUUCAACCUUGAGUGGGAAGUCGUGCAUGAAGGCAAGCGAAAGUCAGAGCAUGUCAAUGGUAUCGAGGACAACCAGUUUAAGAUCAAGACCGGCACACUUGGCAAGGGAGGCGAGUACAUACUAGCUCUGAAGAGCAUCCAGGACAAGCGAGGAUGCCGCGCAUUCCUGGAGGACGAGGUCAAGAUUGCUGUCCGACGACAGCAGCCCCGUGCUGCGUUCGGUCUUGUCGAGCACAAGCAGAGCAUCAUGGCUGUCGAACAUACACCGCUGGACCUGCCUCUUCGUCUCCAAGGAGAAUCACCGUGGACCAUCACUUAUCGAAACAUCAAUGGCAGUGGCGAGACGAUGACAAAGAUUGCCAGAAGCGCCAACGAUAAAAUCCGCGUCAAGUCUCGUGGCGACUGGGAGAUUCUUGAUGUGAGGGACAACCAGUGCCCCGGAAUUAUUGAUCAAGUCGCAUCUAAGUUCCGAGUCGAUUGGUUCCCACGCCCAGAAAUUUCUCUGGUCCCGAUGAGCAGCAUCACUUUCGAGAACGACAAGUUUAUCAAGCAGCAAGUCUGUGAAGGCGACGUUGACGGGGUUGAGGUCAAUCUCAAGGGUUCUCCUCCUUACCGCGUGGAGUAUGAUAUCAACCACAAGCCCUUCCACGGUUCCAAUGCUAUCAACCGCAGGGCUUUUGACGCUGCUCUAUCCAAGGCGGCCAUCUCCAUGGACACUACCAAGGCUGGUGACUACACUUACAAGUUCUCUCCUCUUGCAGAUAAUCUCUACAACAACAAAGACAAGAACCUGAGGCCUCUGAUCAUCACGCAACGCGUCAAUGCGAAGCCGUCAGCUGGAUUCACCAAGCCAGGACAGUCGUUCAAGUUCUGUAUGGAGGAACAAGAGAACGAAGACAAGAUCCCCAUCACCCUUACCGGAGUGGCACCCUUCUAUGUCGAAGUCGAGAUCAAGCACCAGGCUGGUUCUCCCGCCGAGACCUAUAGCAUCCCCUCAAUCGACUCGAAGUCGUACGGUAUGAGAAUUCCUCGACAGCACCUCCGCCUCGGCAGCCAGCAGGUCCGCAUCCGCACCGUCCGUGACGCGCGUGGCUGCCAGCAGAAGUUCGAGAUCAACGGCCCAUCUGUCCAGAUCCAACUCUACGAUGCCCCAUCCAUCUAUCCCCUGGAAUCCCGCCAGGACUUUUGCGUGGGCGAGCGCAUCGCCUACACCCUCUCCGGAACACCGCCCUUCGACAUCUCGUACAACUUCAACGGCAAGUGGAACGCCAAGUCGCCCACAACUAACUUCCGCCGCAUUGCCGAGAAGCCUGGUGACUUCAUCAUCACCAGUGUCUCGGACAAGGCGUCCGAAUGCCGCGCCGCCGUCAACCUCCCCAAGACGAUCCACCCGCUGCCUAGCGUCCAGAUCAGCCGUGGCAAGCAGUCGCGCGUCGACAUCCACGAGGGCAACGAGGUGGACAUCCUCUUCGAAUUCUGGGGCACGCCGCCUUUCGAGUUCACUUACACCCGCAGCACCAACGAGAAGAAGGGUCAGAGGAGCGUCGUUCUCGAGACCCGCCAUGAUGUCUCGUACGAGCACAGCAAGGUCGUCAAGGCGAGCCAGGAGGGCACGUAUGAGGUUGUCGCCAUCAAGGAUAAGUUCUGUUCCUUCUCGACACAGCAAGUAGAGAAGCGGGAUGGCCGGUGAGAGUAUAAAGAAGAUGAAGGAAAACUUGGGCUAGAUGGGAUGGAUUAUUAGGGAUUGUAAAGGAUGUCCAGCAAUGAAGUGGAAGAACUCGUAUAUAAUGCAUCUAUACCAUGGCACGGCGUUAAGUAGGGACAAACUAGGUUGAAUAAGUGAAAGAUAUG